GUGCAAUCAAGAUAUAAAUGCCCGAGACUGACCUUGUUCCAAUGAAGUCAAAAUGGGCUCAAGCGCUAGGAAGAAGAAGGAAAAGAAGAAGGACUUUCAGAAACCCAAGUUGAAGGUCGGCAAGGCAAAGCCGAAGUCUUCAAAUUUUACAGAUACGAGCUUCCAGUCAAAAUCUAUUGUGGUCAACCAACAGUCCCUCUCGGAGACAGCCCCUGACGAUGUUGCUUUAUUCAAGCACAACCUGUCGUUAGCCACCUCCAGGACUGACAAACAACGGCGCGAGGCCCUCUCACACCUCGUCAGCCAGCUCACGUCAACACCGCCAAAGAACCCAGUCGGUGCAUACGUUCUUCUCGACAAAUUGUUGCCACUGAUCACCGAUAGUUCGUCAGCCAUCCGCAGCAGUCUCCUGAAACUGUUCCAGGCAAUCCCAUACUACGAGAUUCAGCCUCAUGCGGAUAAGGUCGUCAAAUGGGUCCGCCUAGGGAUGCUGCACCUCUCGGCCGAGGUAAGGGACGACGCGCUCAAGUUCAUGGACUGGCUACUCGAUGUCGCGGUUGACCAGCUCUUGGAACUUGCCGGCGGCUGGACCAAGACCCUCGAUGCUUUCGUGGCGAUGAUGGGCUGGAGGAACGCUGCCACGACAUCCGCCACCGCCGCCGGUAAAGGCUGGAGCUCCGCGCCGAAGACGACAUUUGGGGCGGACAAGGGCGGGUCCGCGUACGCGCACCAGAUGGCAGCCCUGGCCAGGUUCAUCCAGCUGGGCCUGCAGAAGCCACCGCCAGUAAAGCCAUGGACUGAUACUCAGUACUGGGACCAGGUCUACAGGCUGCCUGAGGGGCCGAACCCAUUCGGCUAUCUGCAGCUGUUUGGCCCGCCGCAGGAUGGCGAGAUUUGCGCAGACACAGAAUCGAGGCUACGUGCUCUGUGGCCCUUGAAAGAUACCAUGGAGAAGAAGACUGUGCAGGCGAGUGUGGAGGGUGGACCAGCAGGACGGGCGGCCACGGACUUGGCUAAGGCCCUGGAGGAGGGCUUCAAGGGAUAUGAACACGACGAGCUCGAGGAAUUGGACUGGUGAUCGGUGGUCGCUUUUAAGGUUGACGCAGCAAGGUGAUCACGUGUAUAGUGCCUUGCAGCUGUGGAAAUGUUCAUAGGGUCAGGUAUGCGUAUCCACCCUCAUACAGCAUUCAUUUCAAUGAUGAUGCAUCUUUGAUUCCGCUAUUCCUGACGUAUGUGAAUUUUUUUGUACGUGCCUCUAGACAAGUCCUCACUUUACAAGCCCUGGGAGUUUUCAUAGGAAUUGAAACUUGUGUAAUGUCCUGUUACUGUCUAGGCUUCCUCUCCCGUCGUCCCAAAUUGCCUCACCCAACGCAAAGCCGUCUUCGCGUCGUGGUUUCACUAGCCAGGCAUUGGGGAAUUCAUCCUCCGGCAUCUAUUUACGCAGGGUAUCAGGUCAUUAGUCUCAAAGGUGCUGUCUGCUUGGUCAGGUUUUGUACAAAGGGCCAACUCAGUUUCCACCUUCCACCUCCCCUCCAGACCUAUUGUUCAGGUACUAGGUACCAGCUCUGCCAGCUCUUGCCCAGACCCACAGUGACCUGC